AUGAGUUUGUCCGGCGCGGCCAUUGCCUCAUUGUAUGGAGUCAUCGGUCUGCUGGGAAUCGUCGGCAACAUCACCCUCAUCAGGACGCUCUGCUCUACCAAUUCUGUCUGUAAUGUCCCCAGUGUGUUUAUGGCGAGUCUCGCGCUCGGUGAUGUUUUGCUGCUGGUGACCUGUGCCCCGGUGGAUGCCAGCCGUUAUCUGACAGAGGAAUGGAUGUUUGGGAGAAUCGGCUGCAAAGCCAUCGCCUUCAUUCAACUCACCUCAGUUGGAGUGUCCGUGUUCACUCUCACAGCGCUCUCUGCUGACAGGUACAGGGCUAUUGUGAGGCCAUUGGACAUCCAAACGAGAAACACUACAACCAGCAUUGUCCUGAAGGCGGCGCUCAUCUGGCUCUUGUCUCUGGUUCUGGCUAUUCCCGAGGCUAUAUUCUCUGACCUUCACAUAUUCAACAUCCCCUCCAAGAAUGAGAGCUUCGUCACCUGCGCUCCAUAUCCCCAUGUUGGGGAGCUCCAUCCAAAAAUCCACUCUACCGCCUCCUUCCUCAUUUACUACAUCAUCCCCCUGUUGGUCAUAUCUGUGUACUACACGUCCAUAGCUGGCAGCCUGAUGAGGAGCACAAUCAACCUGCCUGUGGAGGGGAACAUGCACGCCACGCAGCAGAUUGAAUCAAGAAAGCGCUUGGCCAAGACCGUGUUCGUAUUUGUUGGCCUCUUUGCAGUGUGCUGGCUGCCCAGUCAUGUCAUCUUCUUAUACCGCUCUUAUCACUACUCAGAGGCGGACACGUCCCUGGUUCACCUUGUGUGCAGCGUUGUCGCUCGUAUCCUGGCCUUCACCAACUCCUGCCUCAAUCCUUUUGCCCUGUACCUGUUAAGCAAGACCUUCCAGAGGCAGUUCAACGAGCACCUGUGUUGUUGCUGCUGCAUGAUCACCAAAUCCUCCUCCCAGAAUUCCAGCCUGCAUUACAACAUGCGUAUGACCUCUGUCCACAGCACACGUCACUCCAUGGCUAGUGAGAGCGUGAUGGACGCGACUAAGCCAUGCUGUCAGGAAGAUUUUGUGUAAAUAGUAGGAAGACGAGAAGAAGUUGUGCACAGUGUGUCUACAUGUCUGCUUUCUUACAUAACAUUAGAUUUCAUUCAUCAAUGUUGAGCCUUGUACAAAGUGUAGUCUUAUCUACACUACGUACUUCUGUAUGUUUUAGGUGUCUAAAUGUCAGUUAUUGCACUUGUAUGUAUUAUGUGUGAGCUGCAUGGUGGAAAGUGGUUAGCCCAGAGGCCUCACAGCUAGGAGACCAUAGUUCGAUUCCACCCUCGGGCAUCUCUGUGUGGAGUUU